UGACUGACCUGUCACAACUGCGUGGAUUGGGCUAUACGCUAGAAGAGAUGCUUCUCGGCUGCAGGUAUAAUGAUAACCAAUGCGGCGUUGAAGACUUCUACUGGUCCUACAGUAAUGAGUUUGGAAAUUGCUACACGUUCAACUUCCACCUUCACGAGAACGGGACGAAAAGAGACAAAUUACACUGGACAAGCUACACCGGGCCGGGUUGGGGCCUCCGGCUGAUCCUAGACAUCCACCUAGAAGACUACGAGGAGAGUGACGUGGCAGGGGUCAGGGUCAAUGUCCACCACAACGACCAGCCGCCAUUCCCGGAGGAGCGCUCCGUGCUCGCCUCCCCUGGCUUCUUCACCAGCAUCGGAUUCCGCAAGAUAAAAACAGGAAGAGAAUCCCCGCCAUUCGGGACGUGCCAAGACGUGGGCAAGACGAGACACGAGGGCAUCAGUUUCUACGCCGACCGUUACUCUUACUCGGACACGGCGUGCCAGAAGAGUUGCCUGCAGGUCACCGCCAUCAAACAGUGUGGCUGUUGCCUCACAAACUACCCCUGCAACCCUCUCAACAAGACGCGCGUUUUCGACAACUUGCACUUGAAGCCCAAGGUAAAUUUCUGCAACACAACCGAGUACUCGUCGUGUGUGUCUGAAUUUGACACUUUGAGGGCCUUAAAGUUUCUUGCUGAAUGUUAUGAUCGAUGUCCUCCGGCAUGUACAGAGAUCAGCUACGACAUAACUUUGUCUAUGGCCAUGUGGCCUACCGAAAACAAGAAAGACGAUUACUUCCGUCUGUUUAACGAUGACAGGCACAAACCUGCAGGGAGCCAAGAGCAGUUCCAGGUCUUACGCCAAAAUUUUUUGCAACUUGCGGUCUACCCGGAGACGCUGAAAGUGGACAAAUACGUGACGAACGCUAAGUACGACUGGAGUAUUCUGCUGUCCAACUUCGGCGGGCAACUCGGACUUUGCAUAGGGUUUUCCAUCCUGUCCGCUCUGGAAAUAUUCGAGCUGAUCUUCGACAUUAUCACGCAUCUGGUUUUCUUCUUUAUCUAUCAUACCCGAUCCAAAGUAAGAGUGAGAGUGAGCGACAGUAGCAGUAGAGAGUAACCUGGACAGAGUAACACGACAAGCUCUGGACAAUCAUAGAAUUUAUUAAAACUUUGCUUUCACUUCUGAUUGAUUGUACACGUUCUACGCCUCAACUGAUACAAUUUGGAUCUUUAAAUUGAAUGGGCGGACUGUUUCGAGCGCAAUAUUUAGAUCAAUUAAGAUGCCGGCUGUUUCGACCCUAUCCUUUUUGACCAACCUGGUUCAGGACCCUUGACAGACGAGCGACAUUUUACUGCGCUGGAAAGCAAAACUGCCCUGGAAAAAAAAACUGCGCUGGAAUAAGACUACACUUUUGUUCCAUCUAGCAUUUCAACAUGGACAAUCCACGUCGGAAGGUUAUGGUUCUUUAUGUUAUGAACAAAUUAUUUUUAAACGAAAUAAAAAGAGAACAUUUUGGCGGCAGAAAUUUGUCGCUCGUGUCAUUUAGCAGCAAUGCUUCGUCAAAACGCCGGGUGAGAUCUAUGCGUGAAAUUCCAAUCGGCGAGUUCUGGGUGUACCUGAUUUGGGGCGACACGUUUCAUGUUCGUUCACAACGCGCCUGACGUGAAUUUCAGGCCUGCAUAGACACUGGAAGUUUUAUCUGCGUUGAUGUUUCGAAUUGAAGGAGAUGUUGGAAGUAAACUUAGCGAGAAAAUGGCCGCCAAAGUUUGGGUAACUUCCAAAGCUUUAAUGUCCAAGGAAAUUGCCAACUUAAGUUUUUUUUGCACCUUUCAACAACGUUUUUCCAGUGAAAUUAACACAGAAAUAAGUUUCAAGUGAAUAUAAAAAAUAUUGAAACCCCCCAAAAAUCGUUUUAAAAUGUCCAACAAGCGGAACAUUGUCGGUUUCUUCUAUCGAAGGUAUCAUUUUGACGAGCGUGUUAUUUCACCAUGAUGCCACACAAUUGUUCAGCUCACCUCAAAAAGCAUAAUACUAGAACAGUUAGAAGAGGAGUAUGAGGUUCAGCAUGUCCUUCUGAAUACAUUGAGUAUGAUAAAGGACGCGUGUUCUGGCAUUCGGACAACGUUUCAAGGCACAAUGUUUUGGGGCAUCUGAAAGAAAAGAAGCACAACUUCAUCACCCAUAAUGAUUUUUGCAGUUCUGUUUUCAUUAUUUGAAAUGUUCAACGGCAGAAAAAGAACAUUCUCACUAUGAACUAAAAGGUAGUGGAGUUGUUUUUAUGUUGCAUGGUACGUUCGAAAUGUGCUGUAAUACUGCCUUCAGUCAGAUGCCUGUCGGACGUGUUAUUAAUUUUGAGUAUGCUACUCUUACCUGAUCUAUUUUUUUUUUCAAAAGAAGAAGGUGGUAUCUGUUUAUGUGUGAUCCGAAAAGCAUAAUAUUUAUGUCGCUGUAUCAUCAGUCUUGAUGGAAAUUUCAAUGUG